AUGAUGAGAGGUUCGAAGCGUUUGGCUGUAUCGGAACCAAACCAGGCUAAUACCAACGAAACGACGUUUCGUGAUAAAAGAAUAAUGGAAGGAUCUCUCUUUGAUGUCCACAGGGCCGAACCAUCCCAACAAUUGAUGGUGGCAACACCCCCAUUGGAUAUGAAACGAGCAGAGUCUUCCCAGCAGCAUGUGAGAGCUUUAAAUACCCAGUUUGCGAGCUGGGUUCAAACACAGUUAAAGAAUCACCCUGAUGAGCUUUGGGAAGAUGGUGUCAGAGAUUACUUGGAUCAUGCUACAGGCAUUAUGGAAAAAUUUAGUGAUGUUGUCAACUGGCUCAAAACAAAUGCCAACAACAACCAACAACAACAACCAAGUCUUAUCCCACCAAGUGGGUUUGGCCUCAAAGCAAAUGCAACCAAGGCAGAGAAUUCUACUUCCGGUGCUGGUUCCGUUGCUUCUUUAGCUGGGAAAAAGUUUUUGCCUGAAGUAACAAACAAAGAAAAUAAGAUUUUUGGAGAAAAAAAUGAAUCUCCUCCUAUCAAUACUACUACUACUACUACUACUACUACUACUACUACAAGUUUUGGUAGUUCAUGGAGCCCUGGAAUAUUUUCAAACAAUCAAAACAUUUUUGCAUUCGGAAAUCAAAGUUCCGCCCCUUCCAACUCCAAUCAUAACGCUUCAGAUGAUGCGGAUGCUGAAAACGACGAAGAGCAGCCCAGCAGCCCAUCAGUGAAGAAGUCAGAAGAGAAAGGUGUUACAGUUGUACAUGAAGUGAAGUGCAAGCUUUAUGUGAAGUCAAGUGACCCAACUGAUAAGGAUGUAUGGAAAGAUAAAGGAAUGGGCCAUCUGUCCAUUAAAUGCAAAGAGGGGGUUGCUAAGGCUACAAAAGAGUCCAAACCGACAAUCAUUGUUCGAAAUGAGGUAGGAAAAAUUCUUCUCAAUGCCUUGUUGUAUCCUGGAAUCAAGACAAGUGCACAAAAGAACUCUCUUGUUGCGAUAUUUCAUACUUCGGGUAAUGAUGAUGGUGGAGAUAAUGAUAGUGUUGUUGCACGGACAUUUUUGAUCCGGAUGAAAACAGAAGAUGAUCGAAAUAAACUGGCUUCAACUAUUCAAGAAUAUGCUCCAGUAUCUUGA